UUUUCAUCACCAUGUAACAGGAUGCGAAAGUACGGUCGAGUCCACGGACUCUUUGUCCCAGAGUUACAUCACACUUUGUUGGUGUUGGUUUCCCAGCCAUGUCCCACCUCCCAAAUGCAGCGGCGGUGCUCUACCACUACCCGUGUCCAGACGGCGCAUUCGCAGCCCUGGCCGCCCACCUCUACCUGAGAGCCACCUCCACCCCCACCCUCUUCUUCCCCAACAGAGUCUACUCCCCCGUCUCCACCCACCAUCUCCCUCUCCCCCAAAUCUCCCACCUCUACCUUCUUGACUUUGCGGGUCCUCCCGAUUUCCUGCCCCAAGUCUCCCCCAACGUCCCCCAAGUCACUGUCCUUGACCACCACAAGACUGCUCUGCAACUGCUCCAGAGUUGGAAUCCCUCCAAUGCCCUCAAAGUCAUUGAUGUCGGGAGAAGUGGGGCCACCAUUGCUUUUGAUUAUUUCAAGCAGAGGGCGGUGGAGGAGGGGCUCCUGGACGUUGCCGGGGAGUUUGAGAGGGUCAGGAGGGUGUUUGAAUAUGUUGAGGAUGGGGAUUUGUGGAGGUGGGGUCUUGAGAAUAGUAAGGCUUUUAGCAGUGGGUUGAACGACAUGAAUCUUGAGUUUGAUGUUGGGUUGAAUCCCUCCUUGUUUGACCAGCUGCUUUCUUUGGAUCUUGAGACUGUGAUCAAUGAAGGCAUGGUGAGCUUAUCAAAAAAGCAAGUGUUAAUAGAUGAGGCUCUUGAGCAGUCAUAUGAAAUUGCACUUGGGGGUGGGACAUUUGGACAUUGCCUGGCUGUUAAUGCAGAUUCUAUUUCAGAGUUGAGGAGUGAGCUUGGACACCAGCUAGCUAGUAAAAGCUGCAAUCUAAAGCUGAGGGAAGAAGGAAAUUUGGAAGUCCUCUGAGGUGAGCUGAAUAUUGAAUAGUUGAUGUCUUAGUGGCAUGAGCCGGCUGUUGUGGGACUGAAAACUGGAAGAUCAAAUCAAGUUGGUGGCUGAAUGAAUGAAUGGGUCAAAUUGUGUCAAUUAUUUUCCCCAUACAAUCAUCUGCUAAAACUUUGUAUUUUUUAAAAGUGCAUGCGUAUUGGAUAUUAAACAAUAAUUGUACGGGUGUUUCAGCUUUUAAGUUUCUUUAGCACACAUAAAGUUACAGGGAAAUACCCUUAACUUGUAUUAACUCUGAAAGCAUCUACAAUAAAUGGCCAAAGCCUCUCUAAUAACAAGACUCUAAUAGAACUAUUGGAAGCUCUUGCUGAGAAUAGCCUGACAAUGCGCUAUCUAUUGGCAACUAGGUUGUUACACAGUAACUCCCCACCCACUUUUGGAACCAACCCACUUUCUCUGUUUUCAUCCUUAGGCAACUUUCUAACUCAUUCACUGUGAUAAUGCCAUGUGUCCGUGCAGUCAAAGCAACCAUUGCAUCAAUUCAUCCCAUUUGUCAUUCUAGUUGAGAGACUUGCUCAAUUUAUGCCAUCUGUCUUGCUAGCCUCUCCAACAAACCACAUGCCGCAUGUUUGCUUUCGCUGAUGUCUUGCAAGCACUUUCAUGCCAGGUGUCAUGUGCUAGCAACGCUUUGCUUGGUCUCCACCAAUAGUAAGAUGCCACAUCACUUGUCUCCAAGUGUUUGUUCAUAGUGUGCUAAUGACAUUUGCUUUGUCUCAGUCUCCAAGGAUUUGUUCAUAGUGCCCUAAUGACCUUUGCUUUGUAUCCACUAACGGUAAGUGUUAGACCAAAUUGCAACCAUGUGUGCCAAACCCUCUUGCUUGCAAAGCCUUCUGCACGAUCCAUAUGUUUGUUAAUAUUUGAUUCCUUUUGUUCAUCUAAUUCUAAAGCAUGCUCAACCAUGGAUGCUGCCAUUGUGCUACAUGGCAUUACGACCAUGUGUGAGUGCUAGCAAGGCCAACCAACACCUUGAUAUCUAUAGUGGAUCCAUGUUGAGCCUUCCAAGUGAUAUAGCAAAUGCCACUUUAGUUCAAUCACCAUCCUUGGAGAGAUCCAAGUGGCAUUGAUUAUGCCACUCCAUAGGUCCUAUAUGGACAUUAAACAAAUAUGAGCAAGUUGUUGGUUGACCUUGCUUGCACAAAUAGAUCGGGGCACAAUGCUAUGAGUAUGAUGCAACCUACAGGCGCAAUGCUAUGACGUGUGGUGAUAGCUUGGGGCAUGGAUUUGGCAUGCCUUAAAUAAAUGGAAUUAGUUAGCUUGGGUUAACUACAUAAAAAUUGGUUUGAAUGAAAGGCUUUACAAGAAAACGAGUUUGAUACACAUGGGUUUAAUUUGUUGCAACACUUGGCAUUGGUGGAGACCAUGUAAGACCUGUUUAUGCAUUGUAGACGUUACACCUAGAGAUACGUGGUAUGGCACCUUGGCAUUGGUGGAGACUAAAGGGUUGUUGAUGCACUAUGGGCAUGACACUUGGCAUGAAAAGUGAGUUUGCAAGACAUUAACCAAAGUAAACAUGUGAUAUGUGGCUUGUUGAAGAGGCCUGCAAGAUAGGUGACUUAAGCUAAGAAAGUCUUUCAAUUAUAAUGCUAGUGGCAUGAACUGAUGCAAUGAUUGCUUCAACUGCAUGGACAAGUGGUAGUGUCUAAGUGAAUGAGUUGGGAAAAUUGCCUAGGGUGUGGGCCAGAAAAGUGGCUUGGUUCCAAAAGUGGGGAUUUGUUGUGUAACUAAUUACAUAGUUGUCUGUAAAUGGUAUUGUUUCCCGAUGAGAGGGGAAAAGUGUUGGUUUGCGAUAGAGUCGAAGACGUUUGAAGUUUCAAUAGAGGAAGUCAGAGGGAAGCUAAGAGGUACCAUUGUGGAGAGGAGUAGAGGGUUCUCCUCCUGGAUCAGGUUCGGGGUGGCAAGUUUGAGAAAACUUUUGGAAGGUCUUGAAGAGUGUUGCAAGGAGGAAAAGAAAGGAAGAUUAGUUAAAGUUUGGAAGGAAGAGGGAAGAAAGUUCAAAUUGGAAAGACGUGAAAAUGGGGCGGGGAGAUACAUCUUAUGUUCUGUUGUUGAUGUAGAGACUAAGAGAUUUUGCUUAGUUUUCCCUGAAGGAAAAGGUUUGCUAGGAGGUUGAGCCAUUUUCGUUGAGAAACUUCGGGCUUUAAGGGUAGUUACUUAAGAGGAAGCAAAGUUUGAAGAGGCACUCCGAGUUGAUUCAAAGCCGAAAGUGGUGACAGUAGAAGGUAAGGAUGAAAGGUGCCUUGGAAAGAAGGUGGAGGGUGAGAAAAAGACCUUUGUGGAUGUUGCUAAGGAACCGACUGGAAGGCAAGGAGAUGCAUUAUGGCUUCAGGUUGGAGGGAGAGGGUUGAGAAAUAGGGAGGAAGGGUUGGGCCGGUGCCUUGUUGGGAGAUGGGAUGGCGGGUCGGUGGUGGAGAUGGAGAUGGUUUCGGUUAGAAAAUGGGGGGAGUGCGAUUGGAAUCUAAAAAAAGGUAUGAAAGUGUUGAAGCUGGGAGGACCUUUCAUGUUGUUGGAGUUUGAAGAUGAAGAGGAGGCAGAGAGAGUGCUAAAGAGGGGGACGUGCCGCUUUAAAGACAAAGUGCUGCAAUUAGAGAGAUGGAGUGAGGAAGCGGGGUGCUUGUAGGUAGGAAGCCUAGCAAAAGAAGUUUGGGUUAGGGUGGUGGGACUCCCGCUUCAAUGUUGGAAUGAAGAGAUGUUUAAAAGAAUUGGAGACUAUUGUGGAGGUUUUGUUGAGGUGGAUGAAGAAACAAAAAAUUUAUCUCAGUUUCAAUGGGCCAUAAUUUUGGUGAAGAACAGGGGGAAUUUUUUUUCGGGAACUCUGCAUUUAGUAGUCAAUUCUUAUUGUUAUGCAUUACCGUUUUGGUGGGAGAGGCUGCCAUGGAUCUCUGUAGUGGUGCCGAUGAAGAAAUUGAAAGGGGGAGAGGGGGAAAAGGUUAGGGAAGAGUGGGAUGUGGGCUCACAUGCGGGGAGUAGCAGUAGCAAGGGGAAGGAGAGGUGACGUGUAGCAGAGGCUGAUGGGGCAGGUUUAAUCAGAAAGGCUGGAGAGGGGGAAGAAAAGUGUGAUGGAGACAGGAUGACAAGUAUAACUGAAGAAUUUUCAGCCUGUGGGAAGAAGGUUGGAGAAAAAGGGAGUGGAGGGGUGGGCUUAAGUGAGGGGUAUGCUAGGCUUGAAUGUUGCAAGCCCGUUUGUGAAGUUGCUCAAGCCUAAAUGGAUUGGGCUUUAAAAGAUAGGGAGAUCUGCGAGCCCAGGGUGUGCUGGGAAGAGGGGUAGCCCAGCAGAGGAGUGGGGUAGGCCUCUUGCGAUGGCCCUUCAAGCUCUUAAUGGGAUGGGCUGAGUGGUGUGGUUGGCAGGCCCAAGUCGGGUUUGAAAGAGUGGCAGCCCAUUGUAGGAGCAACUUGGGCUUCCUUUUCAUUUAGGCCCACAAUGGAUGAACCUUUAAAAGAAGCUAGGGCUUCUUUCUGUCAACCGCGAUUAGAGAGGUGGUUUGAAGAAGAGCUUCUGCUCGGUGGGAUGGGUCCUGAAGUGGAGAAAGGGGAGUCAGGAAGGUGCUCCCUUGCGGAUGCGUGCCUUUUGGAGGAAGAUUCCAGGUAUUCCCUCUUUGAGCCUUCUUUCGUUUGCAUUUGGGGGGGACGGGUCUCUUCUUCUUCUCCUUUCUCUGGGGUGGAGGGGGCUUUGAUUGAGGUAGAGGAGAGUCGUGGUUUUGAUGCCUUUUUGAAGGAAAGCAGAGGGAAGUUAAAUGUAAGUCCUGUGAGAGUGUAUCCGGUGGAAGGAAGGGGCGGUCAGAAGGGUGUUGGUGAUUCUGUUCUGUUAGAAGAGGGGAGGGAUGAAAGGGUUGAGAAAGAGGGAGAGGAUGAGGAGUCAUGAAGGUACAGUUGUCUAGCAAGGUUCUGUCAGUGUUUGGGAAUGCCUUCUGAGGGCUUUGAAAGUGAGAUUUUGAAACUCCUUAACAGAAUAAGAGAAAGAAGAGACCGUUCUGAGAGGGUAAGCGGAAAAAAGAGGAAAAGACAGAGACUUUCGAGAUUUGAUCGUGAGCUGAAGAAACUUGAAUGGUCGGUAAAUUAUGGUGGGUCAGGAGGGGAUCGGGGUCAUCAACAGUGUGUUAGAUGAGGCUUAGAAUUCUUUCGUGGAAUGUAAGGCGGGUAAAUGACAGAGACAAG